UAUUGUCCUUGUGAUAGUAUAAAUUAUUUGCAAAUAGUUACAAUUUUGUGCUUUAAAUGUUUAGGCAAGACUGACAUUCAUAGUUGAUUCUGAUAUUUAAGAUCGUCUUAAGUAACAUCUUAAGAUGUUAUCAACCAAUCAGAGAUCUGUAUUAGUAUCUUAAGAUAUUACUUAAGACGAUCUUAAAAUAAGAAUCGACUGUGAAUAUCGGCCUAAGUAAUUUCAAGUUAAAAUUCAAUUUAAAAAAUUUUCCAGUGUUGGCAUGAUUUUCAAUCGCGAAGCAAAGAAAACAUUUAAGUAUAAAGCAAUCAAUGGCAAAAACAGGUGGUGACACAAUGAAUAGUGAAACAUUAACGACACAAGAAGAAGAAGUUUUAGAUAUAAUGUGUCUAACUAGCAUUGAUGGACAUCCCGACAUAGAAGAAUCUACUGUAGAUUUAUUGCAGAUUCCAGAAAAUGUAUUAUACUACUGUGUUCAAAAAGUAAAGUAAAUUUUUAAUUUAAACUUUCCGCGCUAAUCGAUUCGAGCAAACUGUUUUAUUUUUAUGUUGGUACUACUGUUAGUGACAUCUGUGUCAAAUUUCAUGUGAAUGUCAUCAUUAGUCAUAGUUACGCUUGUGUUUUUUAAGGAGGUUCAUCUGGUACGUAGUACGUCAAGCGAGAAACACGUUCAACUUUGACUUGACUAGCGCAGUAUGCUGACUAGAUUUGGCAACGUCGCGUACACAUGAGAACGCACACUCACACGCGUAUACAUAAAGCUUUUAUUUAUAUUUAUAAAUGCAAUAGUUGUCGCAUAAUAUUAUAAAACAAUGAGUGAAAAUCUGAAAAAGAAAUUUUUCUGGAAAGGAAAACGUGUGACCGAAAAAGUAUACAAUUCAAGAAUACGGUUACAAAACGUCGGUAAAAAUUUGAGAAAUAUUUAUGGCUGUCGAAAUAAGGUAUCUGAUAACCUCAAAGAAUGUGAAACUGGCGAAAGCGAAUUCGGCCAACUUGAGGGAAGGCGUAUCAUAGAUUUGAAAACCCUCGCAAAAGAAUUGUUUUGCAAAAAAUGUGAUGCGAUGGUUUCUCUGCUCGAUACUGUGGAAGAAACACGAGUCGGGUUGGCUUCGAUGUUUUCUGUCAAAUGUCGGAGUUGCAUGACAAUCAUACGAGUUGCUACAGAUAAAAAGCAUGCGACAUCAAAAGAAAAUAAGCAGGGUAGGCAGAUUGUCCACUACGAUGUAAAUACCAGAGGAGCAAUGGGGACUUUGAACGCAGGCAUAGGUAAUACACAUCUGAAUAAAUUAUUGGCUUCUUUAAACAUUCCUUUAUAUCAUCCGAAUACUUACAAAACACAUGAGAAAGAAGUAGGUUGUGUUGUUGAGAAGAUGGCUCAGGACAGCUGCAUAAGAGCAACUGUUAUGGAAAGAGAACUUACAAUUAAAAAUAUCGAUAAGAUUAAAAAACUAUUGUAAGCAAUCUAUUGUGAUGCAGUACAUUUUCAUUUUUUUCUUCGAUAUAACUAUAUACAUUUUUAGUUUUUUUCAUUUCAAGAUCAAUUUUUAUACACUUAAUUUUUAUUCUUUUUAUUUAAUCACUAUAUUUAUAUUUGGCCUGUUACAUGUACAAAAUGUACAUGUAAGUUGUGUGCACUAUGAGAUCAAUUUAUAUACUCACAAACUAUUUUCUAUUAAUUUUUAACGUUUAUACAUGUUUAUACAUACAUACAUAUAUAUAUAUAUGCGUUUCUCAAUCAAGAGUUGCAAUAAUCAAUUGCCAUACAUUAGAGUUUCAAUCUUUGUUAUAUCUGAUAUCUACAUGUACAGUAUAAGUCAUUUUUCGACGAAUUUUGUGAAUUGAUAACUACUGUUAUAAUGUUGUAUUAUAAAAAAUAACAUUACUUUUUCUACCUAUUUAUACGUGUAUGUACAACUUAUGUAUCAUGGUGUAUAAAAAUUUAUAACAAAUAA